AUGUAUAAUAUUUUUAAAAAGUAUGAUCCUUUUAUUGAAAGAAUUCAAACUAAAACAUGGAUACCUACAAAUAACAUUCAUCUUAAUACACCUAAUAAAGACACAAUUUUUAAAGUAAAUAGUAUGGAAAGUUUUCUGGUUAUUAGAAAAACAAAGUUUUUUAUGUCUGGUAGGUAUUUGCAAGAAGAUGGAAAAGAAUAUCCUAAAGAUUCAAAAAUAGAACUAUUGGAUAAUUUUACUCCAUUUUUAUUUAGUAAAUGUACAGCUAAAAUUCGUGGUAAAACAAUAAAUGAAAUUGAGUAUACAGGAAGAGUAAGUACAAUUAAAGGUGUUAUAAGCUACUCUCUGGAUUUAAACGGACCAACUAUAAACUCAGGUUUUGUAAGUAAAUUUAAAGGUGGAGGUCAUUUUAAUGUUAUGGGUAAUUUAUCUCAAUUUGGCAUACCAUUUUUCAAAGACCAUCCAUAUCCUGUUUUCAAUUGUGACAUGGAAUUAUGUUUUACUAGAAAUACAGAUGAUGAUGCUUUAUUAAAAAGAGUUGUUGCAGGAACAGAAGAUGGUAAAAUUAUUAUUGACGAACUUACAAUUAAAAUUCCAAUUGUAGAAUGCAAUCCUUUGCAAAAAGUGUUAUUGUUAAAAGAGUUAACUGAACUUUCUCAAGAAAAAAAGUAUACUUUUAAUUUUAAAGCGUGGCAAUGUAUUGAGGAAAGAAAUAUUUCGGGAAGAACUAUAAAAAUUGAUUUAACAUCUCAAUAUCGAAGUGUGUUUUGUGGUUUUGGAUUACAAACAAACAGAUUAAAUACUCAAAACAAUGAUCCUGGUGAAUUUGAUCAUUGUUGUGUUAGAAACUAUUGGUUUGAAAUAAAUGGAAAACGUUAUCCUGAAGAAUGUCAAGAUGAAGAUUUUAAGAAUAAUAAAUUUUGUCAAUCUUAUGAGAAUUUCAUGUCUUAUAAAUUAACUUACCAUAAAAAUCAACAAGAACUUCCAUUGAUGUAA